UCAAAUUGUUCAUUUUCUGACCUGUUUUUGGAGUGCAGGGGAUUCGAUCCAUGGCCAGAACGAAGCAAAUGGCCAGGAAAAUAGUACACAAAAUGGCCGCUAAAAAAGCUUCGUCAGGCAAAAUCGAGGCGAUGAAGAAGAAGAUGGCUCCUUUAAUGGAGGGAUUAGAGAAAAAAUUUCAGAAAUUGAAGCCCGGAACAGUUGCCCUACGCCAAAUAAGUAAUUACCAGAAGUCGAGUGAAUUGGUGAUAAGUAAUCUGACAUUCCAGAUGGUUGUUAAAGAGAUUGUUCAAGAUUUCAGACCAGAUUUUCGUUUUCAAAGCUCUGCUGUUUUGGCUUUGCAGGAGGCGGGGGAGAGUUAUAUCGUCGGCAUGUUUCAGGACGGUAACCUCUGCGCACUUCAUGACAAUAGGGUUACUCUUGUGCCCAAGGACAUGCAACUUGCAAGAAGGUUAAGGGGCUUUAUUCAAUAGGGUUUUGGCUCUGGUUUUAAUGGAUGAACAAAAUCUUCAAGUCUUGUAUGAUGGUGAAGUUUUCUUUGCAUACUGAGAUUUUGCUUGCAAGUGAUGAAUUUGGGUGUGA